AUGGCGGAAGCGGAGGAGAAGGAAAUAUCUGCUGAAGAAUCUACAGAUGAGUCUGAGGAAGAAGAAAGUGAAGAGGAACCCAAGCUGAGAUAUGAACGGCUUUCCAAUGGGGUGACUGAAAUUCUCCAGAAAGAUGCCGCCAGUUGUAUGACAGUGCACGAGAAGUUUUUGGCACUGGGCACACAUUAUGGCAAGGUUUAUUUGCUCGACGUCCAAGGAAAUAUCACUCAAAAGUUUGACAUUAGCCCUGUGAAGAUAAAUCAGAUUAGCCUGGAUGAAACUGGAGAACACAUGGGCGUGUGCUCAGAGGAUGGCAAGGUGCAAGUAUUUGGACUGUAUUCCGGGGAGGAAUUUCAUGAAACUUUUGACUGUCCUAUUAAAAUUAUUGCGAUUCACCCCCAGUUUUUGAGGUCCCAUUGCAAGCAGUUUGUAACUGGAGGAAAGAAGUUGGUGUUGUUUGAGCGAUCUUGGAUGAGCAGAUGGAAAUCUUCUGUCUUACAUGAAGGGGAAGGAAACAUAAGAAACGUGAAAUGGAAGGGAAAUUUAAUCGCCUGGGCCAAUAAUAUGGGUGUAAAGAUCCUUGACAUCGUAUCCAAGCAGAGAAUCACCAACGUGCCCCGAGAUGACAUCAGCCUUCGCCCUGAUAUGUAUCCUUGUAGCCUCUGCUGGAAGGAUCAUGUCACUCUUAUCAUUGGCUGGGGCACCUCGGUCAAGAUCUGCUCGGUGAAGGAACGGCAUGCCAGUGAAAUACGGGACUUACCGAACCGCUACGUUGAAAUAGUGUCUCAGUUUGACAUGGAAUUCUACAUCAGCGGGCUCGCGCCUCUCUGCGAUCAGCUUGUGGUGCUUUCGUAUGUCAAGGAGACCUCAGACAAAAUGGAGAGGCAGUACUGUGCCCGGCCCAGAUUGGACAUUAUUCAGCCGCUUCCGGAGACCUGUGAAGAGAUCUCUUCCGACGCCCUGACAGUGAGAGGUUUUCAAGAGAAUGAAUGCAGAGACUACCACCUGGAGUACUCCGAAGGGGAAUCGCUCUUUUAUAUCGUCAGUCCCAGAGAUGUCGUCGUGGCCAAGGAACGGGACCAAGACGAUCACAUCGACUGGCUCCUUGAGAAGAAAAAAUACGAAGAAGCUUUGAUGGCUGCUGAAGUUUGCCAAAGAAAUAUUAAAAGACACAAGAUUCUGGACAUAGGCCUGGCCUAUAUAAGUCACCUGGUGGAAAAAGGAGAGCAUGACAUGGCAGCCCGCAAAUGUCAGAAAGUUCUGGGGAAAAAUGCAGCUCUCUGGGAAUAUGAAGUUUAUAAAUUUAAAGAAAUAGGACAGCUUAAGGCGAUUAGCCCGUAUUUGCCCAGAGGGGAUCCCAUUCUGAAGCCUCUCAUCUACGAAAUGAUCCUACAUGAGUUUCUGGAGAGUGACUACGAGGGCUUUGCAACGUUGAUCCGAGAGUGGCCCGGUGACCUCUACAACAACUCAGUCAUCGUGCAGGCUGUUCGGGACCACCUCAAGAAGGACCCGCAGAGCAGGACCUUGCUGCAAACACUGGCCGAGCUGUACACUUAUGACAAAAGCUAUAGCCAAGCUCUCCAGAUCUACUUGACGCUGCGCCACAAAGAUGUUUUUCAGCUGAUUCACAAGCACAAUCUCUUCAGCGCCAUCCAAGAUAAAAUCGUGCUGCUCAUGGACUUCGACUCAGAGAAAGCUGUUGACAUGCUUUUGGACAAUGAAGACAAGAUUUCCAUAAAAAAGGUCGUGGAGGAACUAGAAAACAGGCCGGAAUUGCAGCACGUGUAUCUGCACAAGCUUUUCAAGAGAGACCAUCAUAAGGGCCAGCGCUUCCAUGAGAAGCAGAUCAGCCUUUAUGCCGAAUACGAUCGCCCCAACUUGCUGCCAUUUCUCCGAGAUAGCACCCACUGUCCCCUGGAAAAGGCUCUUGAGAUCUGCCAACAGAGGAACUUUGUGGAAGAGACUGUCUAUCUCCUGAGCAGAAUGGGGAACAGCCGGAGUGCCCUGAAGAUGAUCAUGGAGGAGCUGCAUGACGUCGACAAAGCCAUCGACUUCGCCAAGGAGCAUGAUGACGCCGAGCUGUGGGAGGACCUGAUUUUGUACUCCAUCGACAAGCCACCAUUCAUCACCGGCUUGUUGAACAACAUCGGCACCCACGUUGACCCGAUUCUUCUCAUUCACCGAAUUAAGGAAGGAAUGGAGAUUCCCAACUUGAGAGAUUCCCUGGUGAAAAUACUGCAGGACUACAACCUUCAAAUUCUCCUCCGCGAAGGCUGCAAGAAGAUCCUGGUGGCCGACUCUUUGUCCCUCCUGAAGAAAAUGCACCGCACGCAGAUGAAAGGCGUCCUGGUCGAUGAAGAAAACAUCUGUGAGUCCUGUCUCUCCCCUGUUCUUCCUUCAGAUGCAGCAAAGCCCUUCAGCGUGGUCGUCUUCCACUGUCGACACAUGUUCCACAAAGAGUGUCUGCCCGUCCCCAGCAUGAAUUCUGCUGGACAGUUCUGCAAUAUCUGCAGUGCCAAGAGCCGGGGCCCAGGAAGCACGAUCUUGGAGAUGAAGAAGUAGCCUGCCCAUCCCCCGCCUCCUAGUUGGCUGAGAGAUUCAUAUACAUUUAUGUUGGCCUCUCUCUCCCUCCCCCCCCACCCCCCCCAAAAAAAACAAAAACCGUUCCACCUUCUAACCUCUGGGCUGAAGCUUUUCCUUUUUACUUCAGAAAAGACAGUUUGUCCCUUACACACGGGUUCCACAGGACGUAUCUCAUCACUGAUGUCCUUGGUGCAACCUUUAUUCAGUAAUGAAAACAAAAGCCAAAGAGGAAAAUGGAAUCCUUAAGCACCUAAGAAAACUCCCCAGCAGCAAGUGGCUGUCCUGGAGAUAACUCCUAGGCCUGUGGUGAGCCCGUCUGCCUACACUGACGUUUCACACAGCAAGGUCUUCCUGAAAGUUGGGUAGCCUCACACACUUCACAUGCGCGCGCGCGCACACACACACACACACACACACACACACACAGCGUUCCCACAAUUCAGAGGAGGAGUACGGCUUUAGGCUGUUUUCUCACCAAGCUAGAUCAAAGCCUCUCUGGGUCCCAGUAGAGGGUUUUCAAGACUAGCUGUGUUCAGCCUUUGGCCAGGCUGAUGAGAAGCCCCUCCAGAUUUAGGCGAGGGUUUGGAGGACAGCCCUGCAGGCCACCAUCACUCGGUCCUCAUCGCUUUCCCCAGUUGGGAGGCCCUGACAGACCCUGGGCUUCACAGCCAAGCCUUCAGGGGCCUCUGGUCUCUGAUUUGGGAGGAUAUAGAGCUCCUUAGCUAGUGUUGAAUGUAACAUAGGAGGCAAGCUCUGGAAUUGUGGGAACCCCAGUGUUCCUGGCUGUCCACUCUUCAGAGGUGUAGUGAGAGCUGACCCUUGUACAGCACGUGACAAAUACCCAGGGUUUGACCCCAUCUCAUUUUUCCGGCAUUUGACAGUAUGUAAAAAUCCUCUCUCCAAAUCGCCCAGAGAAGGUUGUCAUGCAGAUACCACCCUUCCCACAGGAGUGGGGUCAUUUUCCCAGUCACACACUUGAUUUAGAGCCAGGAUUAUCUCAUCGGGGCCUCACAACCUUCUUAGGAUGUAGGCAGUGUAAGGUUCAUCCCAUUUUACAGGUGAGGAAAUUGAGGUGGUGCCACUGUACGCCUGGGAAAUGGUGGAGCCGGGACCUAACCCCCAGUCUUCUGAGUGAGCCCGGCAUAUCCAGUGAGCCACACUGCCUCCAUUUGCGGGUUGAGUGCUCCCUGGGCCUGGGCUUGGAGGGCAGCUGAAGAGGGACCCAGAGACCUCGUUCUGCCCCAUUUCUGUGCUGCCAUGUUGGUUUUUUGUUUGUUCCUUUGUCUCCGAAUGUGUCUCAGUGAGAGCCUUGAGAGAAAUAAGGUGCCAGCUCUGCCCCAAAGCCUUCGCCCGCCAAGCCCAGUGAGCUGAGCUGAGCACUCCAUGGGAAACCCUCGAAGCUUAGCAAGUGCUUAAUAAAUGCUUGUUUCCUUUCCUUCCUGUAGAAAAGGGGAACAAAAAUGCACUGUCGGCCCUCUUCCAAAUCGCUGCUUCUUUGCUCCUCCGGGCAUGUUCCUGGUGAUUUAGAACUCGCAGUGAUGAACCCACAAAUGAGACAUCCCUUAAAUAAUUUAGAGAAGGAGGGUUCUCUACCGGACAAUGGUCGUAGUCAGAAUCACGGAGCCGGAAAGCUGGAAGGGGGUUGAGAGGUCGGUUUGUUCAGUUCUCUCUCUUUAUAGUUGAGGAAACUGAGGCCCAGCCGCAGAGCUGGAAUGACAGCCCGAGGUUCCUGAAUCCCAGCCUGGUGCCUUUAAUGCAUUGGAUGUAGUUGGCUGAUGUUCUGGGACUUUCCUCUGGUGGGAGCCUAGAACCCUUCCCUCCUUUCAGCAUCAUCAGGUGACAGUGCCCUUGGGUUGCCAGAUCCCUUCUCCUCCAGAGUAGCAGUGACAUGAAUCGACAGCAUGUAUUAUUGCAGCAAAGUUUUCAAAAUUUUGUUUUCAGUGCAGGAAAAAUGACCAAGGAAAGCAGGGGAUGACCUUCAACUAGUAAGUCCCAGGGAACCAUUGCUUUGGAAAAGACUGCCUGAUCAGCACUGAGUGACUAGGGAAUUAAUUAUGUUAUUUCAGAGGACACACAGUAUGUAAAUAAAACCAGGAACACUUCCCCAGUUUUUAAGGCUGUUCAGCUUUUAAUUAAAGCUUAUGUGUUUAGAGACAGGCGUAAGUGAGUAGGAGAUAAUUCCACCUGAUAAAUGUCACACCUAUCCAUUCUGUUCCUUUAUCAGUCAGGUUAUUAAAAUUUCCCAGUUUUAACAGGACUCAGAGAACUUUCCCUUCUUCCCCUCACCCCCUUUGACUCUGACUUCACACCUAAAAAAAAAAAAAACAAUGGAGGGGGAAUGUGAGAAGUUCCUCUGGCUGGAAGGCAGGCUUUGCAGUACUCAGGGGAGCAUGGGGUGGAUUUUCCUCCAGACACACAUCUCAGUUUUGUCUCCAGAUCCACUCUCGGGAAGGCAUUCGCUCCCUUAUCUUUGAGUCUCCUACCUCUCUGAGGAUCCCCAGGUACACGUCUCCAGACUGAGCUCUAAUCUGGCCUCUCUUCCUGAUCCCCCCCACCCAGCCAAUGUUGGGCGACCUUGCCAUUUUCACCUGCUCUUCUCACAUCUCCUCUACUCAACAGCGCUACCGCAUCUUACCUACGUUAUUGGGGCGUCUUCCUCAUUGGCCUCCCUUCCUCAAGUCUCUCCCCACUCCACUCUAUCCUGUCCUGUGCACAGCUCACAUAAUGGCUUUAAGUACAGAGAAGAGCACCUCGUUUCAUUGCUUAAUGAGUUCCAGUGGCUUCCUAUGGAGUGUGAACUUGUCAAUGUAUAUUCGUUUCAUAUUAUGUUUAUAUUUCUAUGACUUGAGCCCAGCCUUUCUCUGCAGCCUCGUCAGACGUUGCUUCCCUCCUGCCCUUUUCAGUCCAGCCAAACUUGCUUUCUCUCUAGUCACACCCGCCCUGCCAUGUCCUCACUGGCCGCUGCCCAUCACGCCCUCACAUUGGCCUCGUGGGCUUUCUCUCUUCCUUCAGGAUGCUCCCAGCGGCCCCUUUCCCACAGAGGCUUAUGUGUGGAGAUGUCCUUGCAGUCUCCUCUGGGAGAAUGUGAGGUCUUUGAGAGCUCAGACGCCUUUGUUCUUUGCAUUCCCAGCACCUGGCACGGUGCUUGGCACAAAGUGGGUGCAUGGUGACUAAGCGAGUGCACGUCCCCACCGGACGUUUCUGGCUCAAAGUCCCCAUCGGCUCAUGAAACAAAACUUCAGGAGUCACUUCAUUAGUUCAGGUUCAGGGCCUUCCUCCCUUCUGUCCGAUAGUUUACUCUCCCUGCCUCCCUCGGUCCAGUGUAGUCCUACCAUAAGGGAUGGGGGGAAUGAAUGAAUUGAACAGUGCCAUCGGUAAGGGGAUGGGCUGUCCCAGAAGGCAGUAAACCCCGCUUCCCCCCUCCCUGGAGGUCUUUAAAUAAUGGCAGGGAGGGAGGCCGCUUUCCGGGUAGGUUGGAUAAGAAACUCUAGAUUAAGUGGACCCUGAGGCCCCUGCCAACUCUUAAGCUUCUUUGAAUGGCUCCAGAACCUGGGGAGGAGCUCCAAGCCCACACAGGUUGUGCCCUGGGAUGCAUAGACUGUGUCUGGCGUCUGAGGACCCGAGUUCAAAGUCUGGCUGUGCUGCUUACCAUCCAUGUGAUCCUGAGAAAGUCUCUUCCCAGGACUUGAGUUUCCUCAUCUUUGAAGUAGGGGAGUUGAUCCAGAUGGACGCGAAGGUCCCUUCCAGCUUGAAAUCCCUCAUGCCGUAAAAAUCACCAUGAGAGUGAAAUGGCCCCAGCCGGGGGUGGGGGUAGCGUGUUCUUGUUCCCUGCAUGUUCUUCAGGCAGAAACUGGAAGCCCAGGCUUGAGUUUAAUGGUGUAAUCAAAACAAAUAACACAUGUAGAAAAAUGUUUAAAAGGGUUGGUUUUGGUUUGGUUUGGUUUGGUUUUUUUUAUCUCUAUAGAGGGAGUUUUUGUUCAAGGGUGAGUUGAACUAGAAAGCCCCUCACAGCUCCGAGGUUCCGAGAUAAUCAUACCCUCAUUCACAGGGAUCAUUUGGGGCUCAGGUGAUGAUAACGAAGGCUUGGUAGAGGGUCCUGUCAGUGUAAGGAAUGAUUUACCAUAAUCGUCUGUAUCGCAGCACUUUGAUGUCUGAUCUCUGAGUUUCUGCACAGCCUUCUUUGGAACACGCCAGGUUUUUCAUUCUGGUGCCAACACUAGCCCUAUUCCCUAGACUUGGAGCCCAAUGGCAUUGUGUUUCUGUAGGAGGACAUACUCACUGGGUUGUUGACUUCUAAUUUGAAGCCUCUGAGAUCACGUGUGGAGAUGAUAAAGGGGGGGAACAAGUCUAAUAUGUUGGAGAUGUCAGACUCUAGAUUCUAAAUGUUCUUCUCUCCAAGACUACUCUCUAUAGUCCCUAUUCUGUGCCUAGCACUCAUCUCAGUACUUCAAUGGAUCCGUGACCUCAUGAAUGUGGGUGUUUUUUCCACUGGUACAGAUCUCAGCUCAUCCCUACCUUCUCAUCCUUUGCCAUUCCUGUUCACGUCUUCCAUUGAUGCUCCCUAGGGGAGCCAUCCAACUACUGGAGGCCUUCCUCUGUGUCUUUUUUAUGUCUGGCUGGCCUCCGCCAUGUCGGACUUUACAUCUCAGCUGUCUGGAACCCUAAGCAAGUCAGUGCUGCCAUCGAUACUGAAAAGGGUGCAUCAGUCAACUUCCCCAUGGCAUCCCUGAGACUUCCCACACAUAACUGUGUCUCUGAUCUGGAGGACAUUGGGGGAAGAAAGGAUUGUGUUUAGAGCCCUGGGGAGGAAGCAGCAAUAUUGUGCACUCAGACGCUCAGCAAACAGGACAAGCCUGGCAAAAGGCACAAUAAAGUUAUGAUGGGGGACAUUAAGGCAGAGCUACUCAGCUUGUGUUGCUUCUAUUUUCUUUACCAAGGAGGAUGAUUUUUUUUUUUCUGGUAAGGGCUAGGAAUAGGGAUGAAACCAGUGGUUUCAUUGGGAUAGCCGACUCCCCAGUGAGGUAAUUUCCUGGACCCAUGCAAGUCAUAACCUGUACAAAUUAACACCUUAGAGAGUUGCCUAGAGCACUGAGAGGUUAUGUGCCUGGAGAGAACAGGAUUAAAAUGGUUAAUUGGGCAAUGGAACUGCAGAGAAAGAAGGAGAUAGUAGGAUAAUGCCUUCAGGUCGCUGGACCAAAGUGGACCAGCUUCUGAAAACUGGCAGAUAUGAUUGCUGAGGCACUGUAUGACCCCUAAAAGGUUGUGCAGAAUGAGAAAGAUGCCAAAAGACCGGAGAAGGGCCAAUGUCAUAAUUGGGAAGCAAAUGAGGUUUGACAACUCUAGGGCAAUGAGGUUAACUUUAAUCCCUACCAAAAUUCUGGAAUAUGUUUAUGUCCUACUUCUGACAUAUACUGAAUGUGUGACCCUGGGUGAGUCAGUUAUCCUCUCGGGAUCCCAGCCAGCUCUCUGAGAAUAAGAGUUUCAGAGAAGAUACCAACGUACACUGUCAGAGCAAGUGUCUCACUGGGUACUCCUUAUGCUGAUGAAUGGAUGGGGCCAGUCUCUAUUCCUGUUAUUAAAAUGGUGGUUAUUGAAA